AUGUCUCCUUUUGCUGAUGAAGCCUCCAAUCAGACAACAGCGGCGAUGAUUCCGCCUUUACAUGCUACGACGACGGAGACGGCGCAGCCGACGCCCCAGGCAGCCAGCAAGCCAAAAGGGAAGAAGAGAGCGGCUCCGCAAGCGCCGCACCCUUCCACUGCCGCGGCGAGUCCAACAAUGUCGGUCGGGCGAGUCCAUGGACCCACCGCGGCGAAUCCGACGAUGCCCCCAGCAUCGCCGAUGCAUCCUCAACUUCAUCGAAACCACCACCUGCAAGACCACAAUCCGCAUCAAGCUGUUGCGACAUCGCUGGCAGACCUCAGCAACGAAAGCAUUGCGAGCGCUGCCACCACAGCAUCCAGCAAGCGACCGAAGGUGAAGGCUCAAAAGGUAAAUUGCGUCAAGUGCAAGACGGCAAAGAGCCGAUGCGACCGUAGCCAUGCUGCCGCCAACACCGCGGCUUGUGUCAGAUGCGUUGCUCUUGGUCACAGGUGCUCUUUCGAGACGGAUCAAGAGCACAUCAUCAGGAAAGAAAGGGAGGCGAAGGAGCGCGCUGAAGCACAGCAAGAAGAAGCCCGCCAGGCCGGUUCCUCUUCCAACAGACCGACUGCAUCCGCUCUUUUACCUGCCCGUGCCAAUCCUGCUCAUCCCUGGCUGCACGUGGCGCCGAACGGCGAAAUCAUUCAGGGUGCCAGCUCGGCUGCUUUUGGCUUUCCGUCUGGUUCCAUGCUCAUACCUCAAGGCGGUCCUCCGAUAUGUGGGGGAAGAAUCGAGCAGGUACUGACCUCGCUUCCAGUGGUUCAGGCAGAGCUCCCUCUUCACCAUCAAUCGUGGCCAACUCUGGUGCAAGGUCGUUGCAGCCGCUACAAGCUUCUGUGGCCAGCGUCUAGCCUGGCGUUGAUGCUCGGUCGAGACGCCCGCAUACAUGAAGCAAUCUUCCAACCCUUCGACUCUCUGAGUGCCAUCCGCGCUAUAUCUGGCCUAUCGGAGCAGCACCCAGCCGAGGCUGAGCCCAAAUGCAGCGCGCCUGCUUGGCUGCCGCCCGAUGCGUGGAGUCCGCCGCAGAUGACGACGCAACCGAGCACACCUUCCGCACCGAUUCCACUCAUGAUCAAUCGCACCCAGGCGCUUCGUAGCAUAUUCAUUGACUGCUUUUCUGAAGCGUAUGGUCACCUCAUGCCCUGCGUCAGCGUCAACAAUCUCUUGAGAAACAGUUCUGCAGGCACACUCGCAGAUAACGCUGUGAUGCUGCACAUGCUCCAGCAACACGCAACCAGCCCUUUCCCCUCUGAGCUGAUCUAUGGCGCCGCGCCGAACGAGAAGAACAUCGAUAAUUUAAUCAGGGAGCUGCGGCGUGAUGUCGACUGGGCCGUCACCCUCGCACUGACAGCAGAAGCGUCGUCAGGCUUGGACUUUGAGACGAUAUUUGGCUUGCUAUUUGUCGCCACCUUUCUGCUGUGGCCAAGGGACUGGUCUUCCAAGGACGAUCGGCCGCUCUUCCGCUUCAUUCCCGAUGACGGACUCCUCGAGCAGAAACCAGAAUUCAGCCCUAGAAGGCUCGUCAGAUCCGCAAGGACAGGAGCGAUCUUGGCAUCUGCGUACGACAUGGCAUGUGACAGGCUGGUCAAGGAAGGUAUCGAAGCGGACUUAGCUGGUUUAGACAUGAUGAUGCUAUGGUCCGAGCUCGCCCGCAGCGAAGCUGCUCUGGAUAUCAUCUCGCCCACACAUCCCAGCCAGCGCAUGCACUCUCCACCGCCUCCGAUAUCUGGAUCGGCAGAGAUCGUCGCUUCAUGUCUCGACAAGAUGGUGGCCGCUUCCUCUGCGCAACAGACAAACCAGCCUUCGACGCAAGGUGCAAAGCAAGAGAGGAUCGGGGCAGAUCAACGCCAGAUGCCGGACGCGGAGCGAAGCCUAGCGCUUCAAAGGUGCUCCCUCUUUCUGCGACGAUGCGCCAUGUGGGAUUCCGUCGUCGUGUGCGUGCGCACGAUGCACUUGCUUCUGGCAAACGUCGGGACCACCUCAUCCAUAUCCGACAGCGCCAUGUUCGAUGCCUGUGUAAAAGAACUUGAGGAUUGGAUUGGCGUGUGGAAUAGCCAGCUUCGAGGGUUGAGGCAACCAUGUCGGCUCAAGCUGCGUACUUUGGAAUCAUUGGUCGAAUUAGCACUGUUGGAAGCGACCAAUCUGCGCGCUCAGGUUCUGCUAUUGCGAUAUGCAAUCGAAAGUCGCGCCUGGCCCUGGCCGCUAGGAACAGACUCUGCCGCACUACUGGAGAGAGGCCAUAUCAGCUCUAACGCUGGGCUUGCAGCACCUCGACACGGCUCCCUACACGUGCAUGAUCACUUCAACCGAGGAAACGCUUCGCCUUUACAUGCUGAUCAUGGUCGACAGAUUUCUCCUCUUCCUGUCCACGUACACAUGGCCAACGAGGCCAGACGUGUGUUGCUAGCUUGCCGAGAUGUUUUCGCCCGCGUCAGCACCUCAACCUUCCAGGAAAGUGCGAUGGCCUUAUGUGUGCCAUCUCCAACCGAACUUCUGCCGCUGCUUUCCUCUGCCGCUUUGGUCGUGUUGGAAGCUGAUGCCUUUCGUUACGCAGCACGUGCCAAACAAGGUCAUCAAUUCGCCAAAUGCAAGCCCGACCUGUCGUCAAUCGCCCAGUCGAACACCGAGUGGGCACAUCCGCUUGGCCAAGUAGACAUCGCCCUGCUCAAGAGCGUCAUGGCUAGGUUGCGUGGGAGCCAGCUCGACGUACAGGACUGGAAGAGAGCGCCUCCCGAGAAUUUCGGCCUCCACUCGAUGUUCAGUCGAGCCGGGCUCGCGACUCUUUCUCGCACACAAUUGUACUUCGCACUUGCUCUUGAACGCAUCGUCGAUGCGUACGAGCACCGAACUGCUGAACAUCGCAUUCCUGGCUUCAUACCUGCACCGCUUUGGCCAAGUCGGACUUGGAUCGAUCAUAGUCCAUUCCGCGCUGCCGCGGUCUCUGCAACACCUCAAGGCGGAAGCUUCCCAAACGCGCACCAGCAGCAUGUGAAUCCGGUCCUGGUCCACAACGCUAUGCAUGGUAUGACGGGAGACCUAGGCAGCGCCUCCGUUAUGAUGUCUUCACCGCCAGCGAGCGCCCAUCCUGCGUCUCUUUCAGCACCCCAAUCGUCUCCUCCUUUGCCGCCCAUGCCAAAGAGUGCGCCAAGUCAUGUGCACUCGCACGCGCAAUCCCUUCAAGAACAGCAGCUCCAAUCUCAAUCUUUGUUACCGCACGGCACCAAGGAGAUGAUUGAGAUUGCCGAGCAUCUUGCCGGUCUCCUCUCCGACUUUUGA